GAACAACUGUUACAACCACGACCAUUCCUACAACCAGCACAACUGUCACAACUAGCGCAACUGUCACAACCAGCCCAGCUGUCACAACCAGUGCAAUUGUCACAACCAGCACAACUGCCACAACCAGUACAACUUUAACAGUGAACUCCAUCAACCAGCGCAACUCCUACAACCAGCAAAACUGUCACAACCUGUACCACUUCCAAAACUAGCGCAACUUUCAAAACCAGCGCAACUCCCACAACCCGCACAUUUCUCACUACUAGCACAUCUUCCACCAACUGGUACAACUGCCACAGCGAGCACAACUUCAACGACCAACUACAAACAGCACAGCUCCCACAAUAACCAGCACCAGCACAGCAAAAACUGUCAGAACCAGCAAAACUCCAACAACUAGCACAACUUGGACAACCAGCACAACUACUAUACUCAGCAAAAACCCUCAACAAGAACAACUUCUACAUCUACCGAGCCUAAUCAGCACAACUUUUAAACCAGCAAAAUUCCAACAACCAGCCCGAUUCCUACAAAAGGCAAAAUCAUCAUCACAGCACAGCCAGCACAACGAGGACAACUGUCACAAUCAGGAAAACUCCCAAAACCAGCAGAACGUCCACCACCAGCACAAUUUCCACACGCUGAAGCACUCCCCCAAACAGCACAACACCCGCAAGCAGGAGAAACUUCUACAAAAAGCACAAAUCUCCCAUCUAUCACAUCUUCCACAACUAGCACCUCUUUCACAGCCAGUACAUUUUCCACAACUAACACAA